AUGCAUAACUGCCUGCGCCGUCAUGCCCGAGUGCCGCAGCGUCGACUACGAGCCGCGCACCAAGCGCUGUCUCUCAGCACCAGCGCCAACCACCCGGCCAUUCGUGCCGGGGCCUUUCUCAGCGAGCACUCGCUCGGUUGCGCGGGGGCCUGGUCCUUGUGCAAUAAGGGCUGCGACACGGUCAACGAGGAUGCGCUGCCGCACAGCUCGCACGACACCAUCAAGAGUUUUCCCCAGGAAAAGAGCUUGGCCGAGUGUGCCAGGCUCCGCGGCGAGGAGACGCUCUGCCACGGCGCCAACUGGAAGGGCCCCGGCCGGUGCCAUUUCUAUCCGCGGCUGGAUAAGGAUGGGAGGCCGCUGGUGAUGAAGAGGAGUACCGAGUGCGAUUCGAUAACGCCGCUGCUGAGGUGCCUGGGCGGGUAUAAGGAGGAGAAUAUCCAGGACUCUAGAAUCGCGGACAGGAGCUGA